UUUUAUUAUUAUAAUAUGGCAUUUUCCUCACAAAUAUAUGGAUUGUAUUUGUUCAUGCUUUUGUUAGGGUUAGGGUUAGGGUAUGCACAAUUAUCUUCCAAUUACUAUGCCACAACAUGCCCAAAAGCUCUUUCUACCAUCAAAAUUGCUGUGCUUAAAGCUGUUGCAAAGGAGCAUCGCCUGGGAGCAUCUUUGCUUCGUAUGCAUUUCCAUGACUGCUUUGUUAAUGGAUGUGAUGCAUCUAUUUUAUUAGAUGAUGUCUCCCCAAGUUUCAAAGGUGAGAAGACUGCAGGCCCAAAUGCAAAUUCUCUUAGAGGCUUUGAAGUGAUCGAUUCAAUUAAAUCUCAAGUGGAGUCUAUUUGCCCUGGAGUUGUUUCUUGUGCUGAUAUUAUAGCUGUUGCUGCUCGUGAUUCAGUUGCUGCUUUGGGUGGUCCUUCAUGGCAAGUUGAAUUGGGUAGAAGAGAUUCCACCACUGCAAGUUAUAGUGCUGCAAAUACUGAGCUUCCAUCCCCACUAAUGGACCUCAGCGACCUUAUAUCUUCCUUCUCAAAUAAAGGCUUCACUGCCAAAGAUAUGGUCGCUCUUUCAGGAGCUCACACAACAGGCCAAGCCAGGUGCUCGAUGUUUCGAGGCCGACUCUACAAUGAGACAAACAUAGAUUCAACACUGGCAACAUCAUUAAAAUCAAGCUGUCCAAGUACAGGCAGCGACACGAAUUUCUCUCCACUAGAUGCUACUAGCCCUGUAAUAUUUGAUAAUGCCUAUUUCACCAAUUUGGUUAACAACAAAGGCCUUCUGCACUCAGAUCAGCAGCUUUUUAGUGGUGGCUCCACCGAUUCGCAGGUAAAAACCUACAGCACCAAUCCUAUUACUUUCUAUGCAGAUUUUGCCAACGCAAUGGUCAAGAUGGGGAAACUCAGUCCACUCACAGGAACCGAGGGAGAGAUUCGCACUGACUGCCGGAAAGUUAACUGA